CUCUUUUUCCUCCGCACCCAAGUCCAUAUUCGGAUUCAUUGCAACUACGCCAUUCGAACCAUGGUCCUGCCCAAUACGGCGGGCAAUCCGCUCAGUGCCGGCUCGCUCGCAGCCUUCAUGGCCGCGAGUUUGCCGUCAGAUGCAUCGCCACAGCUCCGCAAUGGACAUGAAGCAGUCGCACUUGCAGUCAACGCAUGCAUGAUAGCCGUUGGAUUUCGGCUGGUAGCCCUGGGCAAAGACCAGAAGCUUGAGAACGAGAUCAGCUCCGACAACGCCGACACACAACGACUGCCGAAGACGUGGAAUACGAGGAUACGGAGCGACGGAACAGAAGAGGGCCCACGGGAAUCAUAUGCUUUCACAUACGCACACGCCCAAUCGGCCAUGAGAUUUGAGAUCCAAGUCAACCAAUUCAGAAACAAAGCCAUGAUCCACGGCGAAGGUGUAGGCGACGACCGCACCGCGUCCUGCGAGGUCAUAAUCAAGGACUUCCUCUCCGAAUCAAGCCUGCCAAGCACACCCUCCGACACCGCAGACCCGCGCAAAACAAUCACGGACGUCUUCAUCUCGUCCGGCCGUCUGAUGGACCUCAGCGCCCUCUUCAAAGUCGCCGUCAUCCAGAAACUCGCACCGGGAAUCACAAAGCCGGGGUACUCGGAAGAGCAGCAACCCACAGCGUCCACAUCCACAACAACAACAACGGCACCAUCAGCACAAGACCAGCGCCGCGACGCUCCAGCCCGCCACGACCGGCAGCCCCUCCGCGACACAUACCUACCACAGCCGGCACGCCCUCACCCCUUCGACGACCCCCUCGCCAUGCCUCCGCGCGGCACAUCCCGUCCCCUCCCCGAACCCAUCCCCGGCUUCGACGACGAGCACGAAAUCCUCCGCGGCCCAGGACGCCUCCCGCAACCGGGUGGUGGUGGUGCUCGCGCACCCUUCAGCAUCGGACACGACGAUCUCUAUCCGCCGGGCUUAGGUCCGAACGAUCCAAUACGGCCUGGCUUCGGCGGUGGACUGCCGCGGCCAGGGGGCAUGGGCGGAGGCAUGCAUCCGACCUUUGACGAUCCCUUGUUUGGCGGCGGCGGCGGUGCGGGAGGAGGGUUAGGCGGGUAUGACCCCAGUGCGCCGCCUGGGGCGAGAUAUGAUCCUGUAGGACCUGGGGGUGCGCCAAGGGAUAGGAUGAUGGGAGGUGGUGGGAGGUUUCCUGGUGGGGGCGGUGGCAUGGGUGGACGGCCGCCGAAUCCGUUUGGGGGCUUUGGCGAUGGUGAUUUCAUCUGAUGAGCGGGUUGGGGUAGAUGGGGUUCUUAUAGCUUGUGUACGCGUGUGUGUAUGCGUUCGUAUAUCUGCAUUGUUCGUGAAAGGUAGAUGUACCUGAGGUAGAAAGAAAGGCUGCAUAGCAGAGGCAUAGGGAGAGAGAGAGAGAGAGAAAGAAGUCACCGAAGCUGUAUGGAUAAAUGAAUAUAAACCAUUUUGCAUCAUCACCUACCUACCUACCUACCUAGAUCCAAAC